UAAAAAUUUAACUCUGGUCCCUGAAGCCAAAUGCCCACUGCCACACCAGCAGGCAGGAGGCAGAUGAAGCUUGUGAUGACAGACACAUCACACACUGGACAACCAGCCCCUAGACAGAGAUGACCGGCUUCUUAUCAGACCUGGUACAGUACCAGGGGUUCUUUCAGAUGGUCACCAUCCUUGGGAUUGGGGGGACAUUCCAAAUUGGCUUUCAAAUUUCUACAAUCACCUAUGUGUCUCAGCAUGUUAAGGCUUUCAUUAAUGAAACUUGGCUGGAGCGAUAUGGCUACCCCAUCCAUCAAGAUAACCUCUUGUUCCUGUGGUCUAUCACCGUGUCCAUCUAUGGUAUAGGAGGUCUCUUGGGCUCUUCAGGAACUAGAUACCUGACGGUCAAAUAUGGCAAAAAGAAAUGUCUCCUGUGCACCAAUGUACUCAUGAUAACGUCAGCAUCUAUCAUGGGCUGCAGUAAAAUAGCCCAGUCCUUUGAGAUGAUUCUGAUUGGACGCUUCCUGUGUGGAGUAAGUGCAGGUCUUUGUGCUCCUCUACAUCAUCAAUAUGUUGGAGAAAUUUCCCCUAAGAAGCUACGUGGAUUUGCAAACUCUACUUCCUCUUUCUUUUGGUCUCUGGGAAAAGCCAUAGGGCAGAUUUCAGGACAAAGGGAGCUACUAGGCAGCCAGUACCUAUGGCCCUUGCUGAUGGCCUCCUGUGGAUUUCCAGCACUGGUCCAGCUGGUCACUCUGCCUUUCUUCCCUGAGUCCCCAGCAUAUCUCCUCAUGCAUAAAGGAGACCAGGAAGGCUGCAAAAAAGCCAUAAGGCAGCUUUGGGGUGAAGGCCAUCACCAAGCAGAGAUUGAUGACUUCAUGAAAGAGAAGGCAACAAUGAAAAACACCAAGAUCUUGAGUGUCCUGGAGCUAAUGAAAGAACCAGCUUUCCGUUGGCAGCUGUACAUGAUAGUUGUUCUGACCGCCACAGUUCAGCUAUGUGGCAUCAAUGCAAUUUAUUUUUAUACUUUUGAAGUCCUCCAGGCAGCUGGCUUUGAUGAAAGAAUGAUCUCCUAUAUGACCCUCUCUGUUGGACUCUCUGAACUCGUAGCUACUGCAGUCUGUAGCUCCAUCAUUGAGCGACUGGGCAGGAAAGUGCUUCUAAGAGGAGGUUAUUUUAUCAUGGGCUCAUUGCUAGCUGCUAUCACUGUGACUCUCUCACUACAGGACUGGUAUUUCUGGAUGCCAUACUGCAGCCUUUGUCUGAUUAUCUUGUUCGCAAUUGUCUUUGGAGUUGGGCCAGCUGGUGCCACAGUUUCUGUUAGGGUUGAAAUUUCCAAGUUCUCAUGCAGACCAUCUGCCUUUGUGAUCGGCGCCACUCUCAACUGGUUGGGCGUCUUUGUGAUCGGAACGACCUUCCCCUUCAUUGUGGAAAAACUCAAGCACUUCUGCUUCCUCAUCUUUAUGGUAGUAAUUUUCACUUCAGGGACAAUUAUUCACCUGUUCCUUCCAGAAACAAAAGGGAAAUCAAUCGUGGAAAUCACAGAAGAAUUCAAUAAGUUAAACUUUAGAAAGAAGUAUAUUCCAACAACUCCGAACCAUGUCACAGAGGACUACACCUUCUGCACCAGGCUCUGACCAGCUGUUAUAGGCAGUCAGGCUAUCUUAAAAGGAAGGGAAAAAACAGAUAAUUGUUUCCUGACUAGA